UGGAGCCCAAAGCGGUUUGGAAAACUUCGUGGGUGCUGAACGACAGGCAGACACACGUGAAGCCUCCGAAACCGGACUGGGGACUGGCGAAAACUCUGCAUCAACACUGAAAGUUGUCAGAUCUUUACAUGACGGGCCUGGUGCGGCCAUCCCUGAUGAGCUGUCGCUUACUCUGUGGCACCUCAUUGACUUCAAGUCACCAGCUGUGACAUGAUAUGAAACCAUCAGGGGGUAACGCGGUUCUGGCACAGCGUGUUGGAAUUACAGAAGCCCCUAUGAGGUUCGGCGUUUUUAAGAUUCAUUUUUCCCGGAAAUGGCAAGUCGUGCCAUAUUGAUGGAGCGGACAGCGGUUUUGAUAUGCAGCCUACUCAUCCUAAUCAUCGGUCUCUGUGUCGGGUCUCCUAACCACAGCCGCCGGCUGGUCUGCUGGAAAGCCAUUAUGAAGUGCCAUGGAGAGCCGGACUGUCGCUACGCUUAUGAUCAGUACCUUUAUGCCUGCGCGUCUGUCAUCAGUGGGGAGCGCAAGAAGUGUCCCAGUCACUGCAUAUCUUCUCUGAUUCAGCUCAAUCUAACCCAGAGCGGCCCGGCUCUGGAGGACUGCGACUGCGCCCUGGACUCGGUCUGCAGGAGCACCAAACAAGCCAUCGAGCCGUGCCUGCCGCGGACCAGUAGCAUGGGCUGCACAGAGGCCCGACGGCAGUGUGAGAUGGACCUGUCUUGCAGCACUGCAAUGAGGGAUUAUUUAUUUCACUGCCGAAAACUUUUCGGAGGGGGACGGUGCUCGGAUGGGUGCCGAGGGGUGAUAGCCAACAUGCGCUCCAUACCCAAAGCGCAACAGCUAGACACUUGUGAGUGUGAUGGCACGGAGAGGAACAUAUGCGAGUACAUAAAAGUCAGCAUGAAAACGUUCUGCUCUGAUUCCGGGGACAGGUUCGCGGGAAGCGGAUUUUCAGACUCUGAGGAGGAUUCAGAGGAUGAUUACAUCGACCAGGGGGAUUAUCUGUAUGUGGAAAACUCAAGUGACUCCACGCGUUGUCAGACUCUGCUGAAUGUCCUGACCACCAUUUUGGUUUUAACCAAAUUAAUCUGAAAAGCAGCGAAAGUGUUCCAGUGGUCCAGGAAUCAACUCACCUCGCUAGAAUCUGUCUGCUUUGUUGUAACCAGCCAUUUUCUUUAUUGUCAUCAAACUAACACUAAAUUCUGCAUAAACAUUCUGCUUCUCUUCUGCAAAAGUUCAUAUAAUUCAGGACAUUUGCUGUUUGUUAAUCACUCAUGUCAAAAGCAUGUCAGUGAAAGUUUGUGGAUCAGAUCAAGUGGGUUAUAGAAUAUUUAGCCUAUUACUUUAUGUAUAUAUAUGUGUUCAAAAAUGUUAUCUGUCAUCUGAUAAUGCUGAAGGAGCCUAUUUUUGUAUGUCAUCUAUAUAAGGGUAAAUUGUACAGCAUAUUGUAUAAAAUUAUUUUUAUCACAGUACUUGUUCAUGAGUGAUGAGAGAUUUGCACUGUAGAUGAAUAACUGAGUCCCACUCAUUUACUGCAUUACUACCACGGAGAAAGGAAAUAUGUUUUGUGUAAAAGUGCCUAAAAGUCUUUAUGUUGGCUUUAUUCACCAAUACGUGACCAUAUCAGAGGCAGGCUGUGAAAGCAGAGCAGUUCUUUUUUACCAGAUGUACAGAGACUUUCUCCACACUCCCUUCAUUAAAAACCAAAGUUGAUGUAAGUCACUAAAACUUGUCUAAAACCCAGGGCAGGUCAUGCAUCUGAAAAAAAAAAGAAGCUCUUAAGAGCGUGAUACACUUGACCUUUUAAACGUGGAUGUUUGCAUAAGGUAUAAAGCUUAGUUCUUGUAAACUGUUCAAACAGAUGAGAGAAAGGUAAACCCCCUCCUCUUGGGGAUUUGCAGCACAAAUGGGUCCAAGAAGAGUUUGGUUUCUUUAGCUUCACCCCACAUGUUUGUUAGAAGUCGUCACAAAGACACAUUUAGGGAAAAAAAAGUUGCCUGUGUUCGGGUGAGUGGAGAUUUGAAGUGCCCAUUGUGAACACACUCCUCUGAAUGUACAUGCACGUUAAAUAAA